AUUUUGGUAUAUAGUUCUGAGGGUCGGACGGUAUCGUUAUAAUAUGAAUCCGCGGUCACACUGAUCUAGAACGAAAAACGCAAAUUUUAUUCCUUGAAAACAAUGGACCUGGACCGCAAAAUUUGCGAACAAAUGCUCACCCACACAUGAGCAAGUGCGUGUAAAUCGUAAAGAAUACGUAAGAUAAAACCACGGCUAGCUGAGUGGCGUCACGUAGGCGACGGUCCUAGCUGAUCGAUAUUCACACACGUACACACACACACAGCCAUCCCGCAAAAAACACACCGUAGUACGGGGGGCAAACACACACACCGCCAUGGAAAACUCAUUAGGUGGAGGCGAAAAUAAUGUAGAACCCGCCGCUACCGCCCCGGCCCCGGCCGCUGCCGUCGCAAACGUUGCCGCAGUUGAAUUGUUGGGUGUCAGUUGCAAGGGCAAUGGGGCGGCGAUAAGCAAAGAUUCGACACCGCCAAUAACAAUGGAGACGUCGCCGAUGAUGAUUUUGAUGCCGCAACAAAUCGAAUCUGUAAACAAAACGGCUUCGGUGGAAAACAACGCAGAAGACGACAACACCCGCGGAAAUGCCAAUGAGCCACUCGCCGCUAGCACAAAUACAUCCGCAGUGGCCGCACCAAUACAGCAGCAGCAGCAACAACAACAAGAACAACAACAGCAGCAGUCACAAGAGACGCCGCAGCUAGAGCCAGAAUUGUUGUCAGGCGAUGGGAAUGCAAAUGCCACAGAAACAGCAGCAGAAGCAGCAGCAGCCACAGUAUUACCAACGGAUGACAAAACAGCAGAGCGCAAUCACAAAAAGAAGAAAAAAGAUAAGGAGCGCGAACGGGAUGAAGAUAAGAGUCGGCGCAAUAGCAGCAGCAACAGCAUCAGCAAUAGCAAUAGUUCCAGCAGCGGCAACAAGGAUCGAGAUCGGGAUCGUAGGCGUGAAAGCGAAAGCAGCUUGAAAUCAGCCUCCUCUUCCACCAACGAUCACAAAUCUGGCUCUUCACGUGGCAAGGACAAAAAGUAUCAUAGAAGCGAUCGGGAUCGAGAACGGGACAAGGACAGAGACAGAGAGCGGGACCGCGACAGGGAGAAGGUCCCAUCAUCAUCAUCCAGUUCCUCGUCACAUUCGCACCGACGCCGCAGCUCGGACAGCAGUCGCAGCAGCAAUACCAGUUCCAGCAAGAUACCGAAAGAUCAGGACGCGGUGCUUCAGCAGGCCGUUGUGGCCGUUCUAGAGCAGCAAAUCAACGUGGAGACACCAAUCAAAGCGGAGGAAGGCAUAAAGCAAAUCAAAGUGGAGCCAGUCGUAGCAUCAGCAGCAGGAGUGGCAGCUGCUCCUCCCAAGGCAGAGCCAGUACUUAGUAGCCACAUCAAAAACGAAUUGGAUAUCAAAAAGGAGGCCAGCAGUGUUAAGGCGAAGCCAUUAAUGAAUGGCGAUGCAACAGCGACCAAAACACGUGAAGAGAUCACACGGCAGCUGAACUUUAGCGCCAGCAGCAAGCCCUGGAAGAGCUCCACCUCCUCUUCCGUACUGAUGCCUUCGCCGGCGGCCAAGACCUCAUCCUCGUCGACCAACAGCAGCAACAGCAGCAAUAAUCAUUCCUCGAGCCUUAACAGCAGCCGCAAAUCGUCCUCCUCCUACUCCUCCUCGUCUUCUUCCAGCAGCAACCAUCACAAAAGCUCGUCUUCGUCGUCAUCCUCCUCGUCCUCCCGUCAUUCAUCGUCGUCCUCGCGCGACUGUUCCAAGUGCUACAAGCGCUCCAAAAUACGUCGCACCAGCGUUGGCGUACAAUGUGUGCCUCAGGCGCCAGCUGCUGGACCCUGGCAGACGGUCCAGAGCCUGCCACCGACGCCCAAUCGCAAAGCACCCGCUGGCUUGGAAAAUCUCAAAUACGGCUGCUACUUUCAGGUGGAGCAGUACCCGAAUGGUGGCGCCUCCAUUGUCCAUCUGUAUCAGCACGAAAUCGAUGAUCUCUCGGCGAACGAAAUGGAGGAGCUGGUGGAUGAGUUCUUUAGUGUUUGCUUCGCCGAGGACGAGCAGGGCUAUGCGCAUCAUGUGAUGGGCAUUGUGCACGACGCUGCACGGUAUAUACCCGAUCUGCUAGAGCAUAUGGCUGAGAACUAUUCCACGCUGACGGUAAAGGCGGGCGUCUUGGGACGCAAUUCGGACAUUGAGACCUGCACGAUGGCACAGUACAAUGAACAGGUGGUUCGUAACUAUUGCCAGGGCACUUUCCGCUAUGGACCGCUGCAUCAGAUCAGUCUUGUGGGCAAAGUGCAUGAGGAGGUCGGCGGUUAUUUCCCUGAUCUUCUGGGACGCAUCGAAAUGAAUCCAUUUCUGCGAAAGACCAUGCCCUGGGCUUGUAAUUCCAUACUGCAAACGGAUCCGCGUCAGUCGAACGAUGGACCCAUUCUAUGGAUACGCGCUGGGGAGCAGCUGGUGCCCACAGCGGAACUGAAUAGCAAGACGCCUCUCAAGAGACAGAGGACGCGCAUCAAUGAGUUGCGAAACUUGCAGUAUCUUCCACGUUUGUCGGAGGCGCGUGAGACCAUGAUUGAGGAUCGGACCAAGGCGCAUGCCGAUCAUGUGGGACAUGGACACGAGCGUAUCACAACUGCAGCUGUUGGCAUUCUAAAAGCCGUUCACUGUGGACAAUCCUACACACAGAAUCGCAUCACCAAGGAUGUGGUUGCCUUUGCCGCUCAGGACUUCAACACAAUGGUGGAGAUGCUGCAGUUGGAUCUGCACGAGCCGCCCAUCUCUCAGUGCGUGCAGUGGAUCGAGGAUGCCAAGCUGAAUCAGCUGCGACGCGAGGGCAUUCGCUAUGCCCGUAUCCAGCUCUGCGACAAUGACAUUUACUUUCUGCCGCGCAACAUCAUCCAUCAGUUCCGCACGGUGACGGCCGUGACAAGCGUUGCUUGGCAUCUGCGCCUCCGUCAGUAUUAUCCCGGCCAGGAGGUAAUCAACGAACAAAAUAAUCCUGUGCUAGCCGAGACACCGCAUUACAAGGAGAAACAAACCAUUUUACCCCAUCCCAUUGGUCACGACGAUUGUGGCAAGAAGACCCCUUCGAAGCGUGGCCACGAUGGCGGCAAGAUGGCCAAGAAGAAGCUAAUCGAUCUGGAUGGCAAGGAGCGUCGCUCGAGUGAGAGCAGCAUGGAUGAUGCUGGCAAUGCGUCGCCACGACAGAGCCACCAGGAUAACAGCAGCAACAGCAGCAGCCCGAAUAUCAACAGCAGCGGCAGUGGCAGUGGCAGUAACACGCCAAAAAAGAAGCCCAGCAAAGAAGACUCCAAGAUAGACAUGAGGAAAAUGGUCUUGGAGCACAAAUACAAGCUCACAAAGGCGGGUGCCACAGUACUCGAGGCGAGUCAAGACAAAGAGAAGCCCAAAAAGGUGAAGGAAAAGGCGUCCAGCAAGUCGGACAAGGAGAAGGACAAAGAUAAGGAGAAGGAAAAGGAAAAAGAAAAAGAGAAAGAGAAGGAUCGACGCAGUGAGCACACAACCAAAAAGCAACACCAAUCAUCGUCGCCAACGUCUUCGCCGACACCAGCUAAAAUGCCACGACUGACCAGCAGCAAUUCAGCAGCUACUGCUGCAGCUACCGUUCCAGCUGCCACUCCUGCCCCAUCUCUGCCUUCAAAUGCCAAUGUGGCAGGACUGCCGCCGCCAUUAGUGCCUCAGACACCCUUCACCCAUCGCGAAGCCUACGUCAACAGCCUGAAUCAAAAGGAACCCGAGAUCAAAAUCGAAGUGAAAAUUGUUUCGGACGAGCCAACGACCAGUCGAAGUGAUAUGAUCAUGAAUAGCAGUACCUCCUCCAUUGAGCCGCCGAUGCCUGCACUUCUGCCAACAGAUUCCACAGAUCCUGUGGAGAAUGUGGGCAAUGAGUUGGUUGUCGAGAGCACACCCCAAUUAGUGGUCGAUCACGAGGAGGAGGUAACGGAGGUGUGUGCUGAGGAAAUUGUGGAAAUGGAUAUAACCGUGCCUGAAGAAUCUGCUCCACCCGCUCCCAAUCUAAUUGCUGCUAUGCCAUCGCUUGUAGUAGCUCCAAUUAUCCCUCCUGCGUCGGCUCCCGCUCCUGCUGCUGGUAUGCCGCAACUCAAAGUUGCUCCAGCAACUAAUCUUAAUCCUGCUGCUGCUAUGCCGCCACUAAAAGUUGCUCCAGCAACUAAUCUUAAUUCAACGCCUACUCCUAUUCCCACACCACUAGCUGUUACACUGCCACCACUAACAGCUGGUCCUCCACUUCCCACCCUGAGUCCAGCGCCCACUGGUCCUCCACUUCCCACCCUGAGUCCAGCACCCACUGGUCCUCCACUUCCCACCCUAAGUCCAGCACCCACUGGCUCUCCACUUCCCACCCUGAGUCCAGCGCCCAGUGCUCCUCAAAUUGUUAAAGUCGUUAUACCCGCCACACUGGCGCCUUUCGGCAGGAUGUCGGUGGUUUUACCCACGCUAACAGCAGCACCGCCAUUGCCUCCAAUGCCACCCCUACGGGCAGCUGUACCACCGCCGCCUCCACCCUCCAGCACCACAGGAACAGCAGUUGGAACAGCAGUGGGAACAGCAACAGCAACCCCGAUGAAGACCACCUACAAGACAUUCAGUCUGCCCUCACACAAAAUCAUCAUUGCAGGGCCCGCCACUGGGCACAGUCGGGUGGCCACAAACCACAAGGGAAUGCCCAAGACACCCGUGGAUCUGCUGGGCUCCAUAAUGGCCAGUAUGGACAAGCCGGCCGCCGGGGGCAGCUCCUCCGUCAGCAUCAAUCAAUCAUCAUCAUCCCUGCCCUCAUCGACAUCUACAACAUCCUCAUCGGCAACAACGAAUAGCUCGCUCUCCUCCUACACAACUUCGAGCAGCAGCAGCAGCAGCCACAGCUAUUGAGUGCGUGUCGGUGUGGGAGCAGAGCGGGUGAGCUGAGAAGAGGCUCCUACUUGGACUUUCUUUAGUGUACAUUUUCGAUAUUUGCCUCGGGAUUCCGUUUAACGGAAUCCGAGCCGGACAUUUUUUUUUUUUUUUGCUGUUUUUUAAAGUCGGGGAAUUCUGUACCGAAUCUGAUUCCCCCACCUUGUAUAUAGCAAAAGGCUUCAAAAUACAAACACAUACAAUACACCCUAUAUUUGAUAAUGAAAACAAACAAAAAACAACAACAACCAGUAGAAUUAAGCUCAAAAUGCGACAUUUGAGAUAGAGAUGUAGUUUUCUAAUUUAUUUACACCACACGACACGCAUGCACUCUUUAGAUACAACAAUUGAACAGUUUUUAAAGGCAGGGCAGGAGGGUACCUUCAAAUGUUAAAUGGUAAAGAUUGUAUGGCUCACAUGCCCCCAUAUAUACAAUAUAUACAUAUAUAUAUAUAUAUAUAUAUAUCAUGUGCACACAGUAAUCGUUAAAAGUGAGCCACCGCCAAGUGCGUGGCAGAGAGAUCCCAGUUUCAUUUCCUUCUGAACAACUUUUUUGAAAAGUGUUUUGAACGUGCGUAGAACAAUACACACAUUGAUAAUUAUGAUAUAUACAUACAUACAUAUAUAUACACCAUAUAUAA